AAUAUUAUUGGACCACAGGGAGAUUUUGUGACGGCUCCCGAGAUGAGUCAAGUAUUCGGCGAAUGCCUUGGAAUCUGGUUUUAUGACCAACACAAAAAGUUGCAGAAAGCGAAAGCCGACGGCAAACGCCUUGACUGGCAGUGGUUGGAAUGUGGACCCGGUAAGGGCACGCUGGUCAGUGACCUACUACGUUUUGCGUGCUACGGCAAAAUCCGACACGAGUUCGGUGCUACCUGUAAGCAUGUACAUCUGGUCGAAUCCAGUCCGAUCUUGCGGCAAGUUCAAAAAGAAACACUGCAACGCGAUUUACGAGAUGUGGCCGAAUUAGAAUUUGUGGAAGAGUCCGGGAUACCUGAGAAUCGCAAUCCCAAUGCCGUGCAAGUGCACUGGCACGAUUCUUUCGCAUCGUUUCGGGCGUGGCAAAAACAAAGUACUUCACGCUUGACAACGUACGCGGUUGGUCAAGAAUUCUUGGAUGCCCUGCCAACGUACCAGUUCGAAAAGACGGCCGAUGGUACUUGGAGAGAACGCUUGAUUGAUGUUGCUUUGAAGCAUUUACCGAAUGCCAAAAAGCCUCGUCUCCGUAUCGUAUUAGCACCGCUAGUUACCGUGCCACUUAAGACGCUGCUUCAAGUGGACGGCGACGGUCGUAUGUUGAACGAACCAAAUUUCGCUCAGACUGGCAGUGUCGUGGAAGUCAGCCCUGAAGCCAUUCUAUUGGUUAAAGAUGUGGCCACCCUUGUUGAUGAGCAGGGCGGCGCGGCGUUAUUUAUUGAUUACGGACAAGAAGGCAGCGCCGAUACCAUUCGGGCGUUUGCCAAACACGAACAAGUACAUUUCCUGUCACGGCCUGGUCAGGUUGACUUGACAGCCGAUGUUGAUUUUUCUGCACUCAAACACGCGGUUAAUGCUUUGCAAACGCGUCACCAAACCCGUGCAUUCGGACCCGUUGGACAGGGACAUUUUCUAAUGUCAAUGGGUGCGUCCGAUAGGGUGCUUCAGUUGAUCGAACGCGAUUCCACUACCGACAAGGAAGCCGACGAUCUG